AGGGGGUAACGUGGGCAAUUGAGCCUCAGGGUCUUUCUCGCGCUUCGCGCGAGCACUUGUUGAGUUUCUGGGGCGAAUGGGAAAAAAAAACGUCUGAAGGACAGAUUUCCUUCGAUUGAUUAGCAAUUAUUUAAAAAAAAAUAGUGAGAUGUCUGAUUAUAUAAUGUUUGAUUUUUUUAAGUAUGUGUUAAUGGAUAACAAAACAAAUUUGGCUAACUUUCUGUUUGAAAACUGAUUUAACUUACUUGAAAGUAUAUAUUUGACAAAUAUGGUGUUCGUUCCUUGGCCUGUAAAAGGAGAAAAUAUUUAAAAUUAGAUCAUCUCCAUGGGAACGUAAGUGAUUAGGAAAUAUCUUUGACAAAGCUUUUGUUUUAGCUCCUUCUUGAUAAUCAGGGAAUCAAGAAUUGUUUAAAGCUUUACAAAAGAAGGUUCAUGGACAUCGGGAAGGGUGUUUUUUUAAUUGAAUUCAAACAGAAAGAAUAGUCGCUGGUUCAACGACUACUCAACAUGUGGGCUUGUUUAAGCUUGAUUUUAAACAGAGGUCCUCAGCAUUUGCAGAGCUGUGGGGUAAAUUACUAAACAAUGCUUCUAAUAUUUUUCAUUAAUCAUGCUUUCACUAUUAUAAGAUUAAACCCCAUAAUUUGUAAUGUAAAAUAGAUAGCCGUCGUAGAUAAGUUCAAUUCCAGUCGCGUCUCUGGUGUAUGAUAGCUGGUAAUUUUAAGGUUAGCUCUAAUUUAGAUUAUAAUGGUCGAUUACUGUGUAUCAACGUGCGAACACUUGAUGGAAAAUUGCUGGUUCUCUAUACGUUAGAAUUCUUCUUUAAAAUCUGCUUUCGAAGUCGUCUGGGCAUUGGGAAGAUUAAUUAGAUUUAAAGAUGUUUUUAAUGCCUAAAAAAGCAGGUUAAAUCCCACUUUUAGAAAAGUUUUGAUUCCGAAUUCCCGAUCGAUAGUGCUUCUCUGUGGUGUGUAGAUCUCGUUUAGUUUCUCAAAUUGACGAAAGAAAGCCACCCAUGAACUUGAUGAUCUCGAUGCUUUUUCCGUAAAAACAUUUAAAAUUGACGUUGAAAUGUCCUUUUUUUGUUAAAAAUAUGUUGAUUUGAAAAAUCAAUAUUUAUUGCCGUGGAGAGUGGCCUAAAUAUCGAGGGAAACGUUUGAUCAAAUGCUUACCUCCCAUUACCUAACUGAAUGGUAAAUGACUAUUACAGCAAGUCAGUACCGUUGCGUAAAGUGUUAGGAGAAGUAGACUACGAGCAGUCUUGCUUUUUUCUGUAUUCUGUCGAGCAAAACGCGAGAUAGGCAAAUGGCCACGCGCGUGACUGAUGGCCCUCGUUUCGCGCGUCUCGCGGCUUCGCCGCUCCCGCGCGCGUGCAUUGCUCUCACUAAAUUUGAAGAAAAGGAGAGACUACUCGCAGUCUGUAGGAGAAGCUAAUUGAUGUGCCCGUUUUUCUUUGAUCAGAAUGGAAAUGAUAUUGAUCUCAAACCAGCUGGUAGCCGACAGGUGAUGAAGCAUUCGUUCGUUGUACAUUCUGGAGAUUCUAUGAAUGGAGAUGUGUUUUUCAUGGAGGUAGGUCUCAAUUCAUCGCCGCACCGCGGAUAGCCUGCGAACAGCAGACGUAUUUCUGGUCGCGUGAGCAGACACAUUUUCGGUCGCGCGUUUGCUGUUCGCAGGCUACACCACGGAAGGGUGGAUAUAAUUAUGCUUUUCGUAAAUUCUAAAUCUAAUAUGGAAUAAACCGUUAAUAAGAAAUUUAAAACAUAAUUUUUUUUUUCGUUGAAAGUUCUUUCCUCUGCCAUUUUCUCGGCAAGUUUUAGUUUAUCAUCGAGCACAGUUUGAUUGAAUGUUCUUAGAAGGGUUCUUUGUUUUUGAAUAAUUACUGAAGUAUUUGGAGCUUCAAAGGCUUCCUGAAAAAGAAUACGUCAAUGUUAAUAAUACGCCUAUAAGAAGACAAGAAGACAGUUCGCAUUUAUGUAAUUUACGACCCCAUUUGCAUUUGUGUAUGUUUUUUUUAAUUUAAAUUUUAAAACGCCUACAUUUGAAAAAAAAAUAUGUACAAUGGGUUGUAACAUUUGUAAUUUUUUUGUGCAAUUGCAAUUAUCGAAAACCGUACUUCCAUGGUCUAAAAACGAUCGCCUAGCUACCGCUACCUCAAUUCUAAUAAUACACCUUAUUUCAAAUUGAUGGCGAAUUUAGUCUUCCCGAUAUUGGCCUUUUAUACAUUGUUUCAAGGCGAAAGCUCUUUUGAAACCCACAUAAAUAUUAAAGGCAAGUAAUAUUGUCACCAUGUUGGACUAAGGGGCAUAGACAGAUGCAGAUUUGCGAUACUAUGACCGAAAUCAAAGGGAGGCUCUCAGUCAAAGACGCACGUAACCUAGCAACUAAGGCCAGGGCUAAAAGUCGAACUGUACAUGUAACGGCGGAACUAGACUGGUUACAGUUCCCAAUUUUUUCAUUAAGUCGUCGGGAUCGAGCGGUUACUGUUACGGAUGUCCAUGCUAUCAAAUGUACCGAGGGGGUAGGCCCCGGGCUUUGUAGCGGUGGGAGAAGGGGGGCGAGAUAAAUAGAGGGUUCCUCUAUUUUUCACGCCUCCUCCCAAACCAACCUCCGCCUCCUAAGUAGAUUUGAUACUCUUCCCAUGUUAGUGUCGGUACAUUUGAAACCAAGAUGGACGCCCGUUAAAGUAGGUGCGCGAUCCCAACGAUCUUACGAAAAAAAUAAGGGACUGUGAACAGUCUAGUGACGAACGCAAUGCUAAUGAGCACAAUCAACAGAAACCUUAAAAUUCCGAAAAUAAGCACUGGGGCUUAUAUUUUUCAAAGGCCCUUUUUGAGGGGCUUAUAUUCGGAGGGGCUUAUGUACUUAGGGAAAUUUGCGUCUCAAAAUCGAUUGGACUAGCCUUAUAGUUGGAGUAAAUUUACCGUUUUUGCUUUGUUUUUCUUUGUAUUCGAGGGCAAUUUUCCAAUUACAAGCCCCCGGGGGGCUUGCAUUUGGAGGGGCGAUUGAACGGAGGGGUUUUUACGUUACGGGUUUGGGGGGCUUAUACAUGGAGAGGCUUAUUUUCGGAAUUUUACGGUAUUACUCUUGAGCAUUAGGUUCGUCGUAUGUGAAGUGCGGCGUUUGACCCUGGCCAGAGAGGAAAUUGAAAAAACACAUCCAGGAAUAGCCACGACUAAAAACGCUGCGAAAUGCGUUUUUGCUAAUUAACACAAUACGAAGGAUUUAGAAAACACUUCGGAGGACAUCUCUCCUAAUAUUUAUUAAUACUCUCAACUCCAAUCACUGCGAGAGCAUAUUUUGACAUAAUUAAGUAACAAUCGUAAAAUUAUAGGAAUUUUCUCUCUCUAGGAUGAAAUUAAUAUUUGUUUAUCAUAGCCAGGAGCCCACAAGCGCAAGCUAUCAACUUCCGUGUACUCAUGUCACGGCAUUUCACCGACAAGUUUAUUUGUAGAACGAUGUUGGCUUGAAUUCAGAAUAUCUUUGACUAGAAACUAGUCAGCAAUACCUCCAGCCCUGGAAACAAUAUUUAGACAUUUUACUCAAGUGACGUUUUGUUUUCAAUUUUCAUACCGUAUACUUCAAAUGCGCUCGUAGAUAGAGCAACGUUACUUAACUGCUUCUCCUCUCUAUCAUCCUUCCAUAAAAACGCCGUGAUAUAGGGCUACCGGGUAGUGUGAGAGUUGCUUGUUCCGGGCUAUGAGCUCCUGUCGUAGCCAAGUAAUGCUUAACCUCAGCACUCUUUUUAUGCAUAGGUAUGUGACGAUUGUAUCCUGCUAAGAACUGGAACGGGGACGAUCGUGGAAAGAUGGUGGUACGAGAAAAUAGUGAACAUCACUUACGCUCCCAAAACUAAAGUACUAUGUCUAUGGUGCAGGCAAAAGGAAGAGACCAUUCUAAACAAGUUCUGCACGAAAAAGGUUGGUCUCAUCCCCCUGGAAUAACAGAGAGCUUUAGAUUCCAAGCCGAAGACGACUACGGGAACCAGCGUCAUUUUGGCGGGAAAACGUGAUAGCCGUCAUCACUCUACCACGGGUUUUAGCGAGAGUGCUGUAGUGGCGAGAACAAGUUAUCGAAUGUUAAAAGCUUUAUCAUUUCGCGGUCGGAAGGGGGUUUAAACCCCUAAAAUAACCCGUGCUCACUUUUGUGGUCUCAAAAAAGUGAAAUGAAGCCAUCUCGGAAAACGCGAAAAAAAAAAUUGAAGUCAAAUCUCGGUCUUCGUAGUCAUCCGCGUCCUUGAAUCCCGAGCUCUCCUUUAUCUUCUCGCUCAUGCCCAUGCCCUGGAAUUUUUUCGUGAGCAAUUGAUUUGUCGAGUGAUUGUUGAUUAAUUUAUUUAGCCAUUAUUAUGUAGUUAAAUGAAAUUUAACACAGUUAACAGGUAGGAGCACAGCCGUUGGUCAGCGGUCAUUGCGUUGGCUUAAGCGCGGUCAGGCUUGUUUGCAUCAUCUCCUUGUGCUUGUUACAGCAUUUCCUGGCGGCCUCUCUCUUCGUUUAGCCCUUGGAUCAUUAUUUUACCCCUAUCCCUUCCCCCACCCCGCCUUUAUUUUUUCCACUGAUAAAUCAGUGUGACCUGCGCCUGGUUCCAUUGGCGUGGGGGUUCAUGGCUGGAAGGCGCGGGUUUACCAGCUAUGGGGGGCGUAACUCGUGUCUUGGGGCUGCCUUUGCCAAAAGCAGAAGCCCCUGGACAUCCCGGGCACCCACAUCCACCAAGCGACGCAGCUGUUAACUAUUUAUUUAUUCUAUUUACGCAGUGUAAAGCUUUGUAUUACUGUAUCAAGGAAAGUUUGCAGAGAGCAGCAGACAGGCUGAACGACAAAGGAUCAGGUUAGUGAGGCAAUAUGGUCAUUUUUUUAUAGAGAAUAAAUAUCACUGUGUUGUUGGACUGUAGCAACGAGAAAUUUUGUUUGUUUGUUUCUGUUUUUGUUUGUUUGUUUGUUUGUUUCACGACUUUUCAUUGUCUAUGGUGAAUACGUUCCCCAUAAUUGUUGUGUACAGCUUCUUGUUUGUAGUAAUUUAUUUGUUUAUCAACAAAUGUGGAAUCGUUUAUGUCUCUAGCUUGACAUCCAUGUAUUUGAAAUAGUGUUAGUGCUUGUGUAUCUGAUUUGACAAUGGUAUCUGUUUGUGCGUAAUUUAAGUCAUUUUGUGCAUCUAUGUUUAUUUGCUUUGUGUUUGUCUACUUGUGUACUGAUUUCCCUUACACUUCUUUCCCUUGCAGAUUGAGUAGAUACCAAAUUACUUGUGGACCUUUGUGUUGUAGCGUCAAUUUGUUUUGUUGUGUUGUUAUUCAUUUUCAGCUUGUGUUUUCAUUACCCGCGGUGUCUGUAACGUAAGACUGAUUGACCAUUAUCCUCGUGCAUUACUGUACUAUGUCCUUUGUCAUUCAUUAUUUAGCCUGACCCCACGACCUGUGAAGCUUUGUUAGUGUUAAUCGUGGGUAGACCUUUUAUUCCCAAAGUAUAUAGGACAAUCUUUGUUUACACUUUUUGCCUCAUUAACAUAUGCUUAUCACUAUUUAAUGACGCUAAUAAAAUAAAAACAGUGAAUGUUUAAAGGGCAUAACAGUUUCAGUUAUCUCUGAAAAUUUGAGCCCAAUCCACCGAAUGGUUUCGGAGAAAUUCUCUUCUAAAAACUCGAAAUUUUACAGAGAAUGUAUGGCUCAUUAACUUUUUUACCACACAGCAAUUUCGCAGUUUUUGACGGCAGAUAUUUCCUUCAAUAUUGCUUGCAAAGAGCUGAAAAUUGCUCAAAUUACUCAACGUAAUCCUCUCUUUCAACUUUUGCAUUUAGUUCAUACACAGCUAUUUCGAGAAAGGUUGUCUGAAAAAAUGUGCACGCGACAAUCCCGGAAGGUAAUAAUUAUAAGAUAUGAGCAAUACACUGUUCCUGACACUGUAGCUGUCGAAACUACUUUUGUUGCUUUCCUUUACCACUCGCAAAUAUAUGUCCAUGGCCUCUCGUGCCAUUCUUUCAAAUUUCUUUGAAGAACAGUCAACUCAAAACCACCCACGAUACCUUUCGGGAUUGUUGCGUGCACUUUUUCCGACAGCCUUUAUCGAAAUAGCUGUUUACGGCCGGCCACGGAUCUAUGAGUUAAGUCGUAUGCUAAUGAGGAAAAAGUAAACAAUGACGUCAGCAAAGAUUCUCCUAUCGAGGGCACAUCUUAUCUAGGGGAAGAUGGUAGUGUCAGCCAUGGCACUCUCUGAGAUUAUUUGCUAAGGGUCUUAGAUAGUUCUUAAAGUAACUUAGCGGCUUUUCCGGUAAUCCAGACCUUAAGAUAAAGGGGAGCUCCAGUCUCCAAAAAAAUUUUUUCUGCCCUUCGGGCCUCAGUUCGGUCUAAGAAUAAGGUGGAGGCGGGUCCCCCCGGGCCCCUCCCCCCUUCCCUAGAUCCGUUACCGUGUAAUGGCUUGCACUUGGUGAGUCCGUAUAAUUAACGCUAAUUUAUUAUCAUGUUUAUUGUUUUGCAGGUGUACAGCUAGGAGGAGAAUUUCCUGUCAAGGUCGGUAACUACACUACCUUACAUUGUCCACGUUUUAAACCAAGAUACGAUACCACGACUUCAUUUACUAACGAAUUAUUAGUCCCUUCUAGGAUCUAAGCACCAAUGAAGGCGGUUUUCUACAAGUUACACUGGAGGGAAUCGGCCUGAAGUUUGCCACGAGAAGAGUAGGUUGAUUAUUCUUUAUAUCUUUUAUCUUUUAUCUACUUGAACCCCUCCCAACCACCCCCUCCCCCCUCUCCCACCACCCAGGGUCUUCUUUUUUGCAUGUUCUUGAAUGAGGAGAAGCAGAAAAGACGGCUCUGGCUAAAUCGCGUCAAGCCUUUGAAGUUUCCUACUGUUUUUCGAGUGUGAGCAUUCGGUUCUUGAUAAACCGAUGGCCAUAUCUGAGCCCUCCGUGCCAGACGCACGGCUAUUGAGCCUGGGUUCGAAACUGUAUCCCAGCAACACCAGCGCAUGCUCAACAAGGAUCUUACUAGAUUCGUGCAGAGUCUUCUCGAGAAAGCCAAAAUCGUGCAAGUAAAACAAAGGCAUUACUAGCAGAGUGGCUUCCUCGUGGAAAUCAGGGUCUUGAAUAACUUCUUUUUUAUUUUUCUUUACCUUUGCUUUUUUCGUAAAAGACAAAUAUCACUAACUGUAUAAGAGUAGAUUAGCUGGAGACAGAGGCAUUGCUCUCUACCUCCUGGGACAGUAGUGUUCACUCGGUAACUGAUCUUGUUAUUUGUCAGGUUCACAUUGACUUGUGUCACAUCAGGAACUGUUCUACGCAGGGAGGCGUGUUUCUGUUGGAGGAAUUUGGUAAGUACUUGGCGACACUGUUUACCGAUGAUCCAGUUUGGAACCGUUUAGGUACAAGGUUUCAAGAAAAGGAAAGAAAAAAACUGUUAUUUUGUUGUUCAAUGUCAGUAGGCUUAAGAAUAAAUAGACUUUAGCGUUUGAAACCGUUCGAGAUCCGAUUAUCGAUUAUCGGGAAAUUGUUUGCACAAAAUUACCGUUAACACCAGGUAAUAUCGCAAGAAAGCAACCUUUGAUCGGACGGGUCUUCUCUACCAGCUAUGUAAAUAGUAUUGUAAACUUUGGAUUAACAUUAUGCUGAAACAUUUAUUCUUGCAGUGCCAUCCACGCAAGAAACAAUUCAGCACAGAUUUGGCUCACAGAUGGUACGUACGUUUUUUGAAAUAUCUUUUUUGCCUUGCUACUCUUGCUUCUUUGUUGAUUCGUAUUUACCGAUUAGUCAUACUUAACGCUAGCAUCAAAAUUAAAAUUCCGAUUUGUUAUCCCUAUACAUUUCCUAUAGAAGUGGCGGGGAGAUAUUGGAGUAUCCAUUAAAUUCAUCUCGUGUGAUUAUGUACCGACUUUGUUUUGUAAAGCAGAAAUAUUACAAGGAGACAUUUGGUGCCGAUUACGCUUAAUAGCCUGCGAGCAAGCUCUCUUGGGAGCCCUGGGGUUGGGGGAGAAAAACUCGUUUUCUUCCGACCCCCCACCCCCCUUGUUGUUCUGUGCAGCAAGAAAGGGGGAAGGAGCCCGGGACAAUUGGGGCAGGAGGGGUAUGGGAAGCGGAAGCGAAAAAGGCAGGAGGUGGAAUUUCUAAAAGGGAGGGAAGCGGAGGAAAUAUGGGGCAAUUACCCAACGAUGCUAAAUAUUUCUCAAUCGAAAAAGGGCUGAAAUGAGGAAGCCAAGAAAACAGGGGCGGGGGACGGGUGGUUUGUACACCCCACCCCACCCCACAGUCAUGGUUCCUUAAUAUUUCUCUCUCUAAAUAGUACGUAUUGGCUUUAUUUUCAGUGCAAUCAGAUUUGCUAUGCCGUACUCUGCCUGUUCUCGUACGUGGCAGCCUCGCGGAAUACAAGUAACACCGGAUAAGGAUUUCAGUCUUCAGUUGGGUCUGUGGCAUUAUAGACACCUCCCCACUCCUGUCCCCUCAGAAGUGCAAGGGCGGGGCCUUGUCCAGCGAGAGCUUCAAGCAAUCUGAGCACGUAUGGGUUGGAUUCCGUGAACUGCAUGAAUCGUCACCUUUCGAUUUGAAUCCUGUCAAACUUGCAGGAAACGUUUUUUCGCACCAGUCUAGAGCUAACAUUCACAACUCUGCUAUCUUCCAUUAAUCUAUUGUACGGUAAAUGUUUGCACAAAUGACUCUCAGAAACUCUUUUCAACCAGAUCACGUAAGUGAUGAAAAAUACUUUUUAGCUGGUAAAACGAGCACCUUUUUAGCUAUUUGCACGAAAAAAGCUUCUCUGUGGAUCUUAACGAACGUCUGCAAAAAAAGUGAGAUUUAUGGAAAGUCUGCUCCUUGAUUAUGCAGUAAUUCAUUUAGGCCAGGCUGAUAUACAGGUCUAAGACAUCUCAGCAUCAAUGAAUUAGUCAUUACAUCCAAUGAUUCAUUACUAAUCCACUACGCUCAGAAGAACGUAAAUAAUUGUCGCCUUUAUUAAACACCUUCUUCACGCCGAUUUAAACAAGCGAAAAACCUGCGUAACGGUCACAGGGUUUGGCUCUUUGAUACUUGUUGUUGAAGGCUUCACUCCACAAGAAGGUUCAACGCCUGUUGUUUUGGUAAACAUCUUCAAACUUCAAAAAUUUUUCGACGGAAGUUGCGUCCUGCUGUAAGGGAAAUUAAUUAAUUGCCACAGAAAUUACGGGAGUAAGACUCAUUACACAACUGAAUCAGGGAAAUUCCUGGGAAAAAACCGUGAGAGCCUUGGAAACAACUGGUAGCACGUUUAAUAUAUGCAUACAUUUGCAUGGGAGUCAGUUCCUCUUCGACUGAGCGUACAUACAUUGUACUGAACAACAAGGUUUUAACAGCGAUACCAGUCUGAAUCCAAAUGUGAAAUAUAAAUUAUCUGUAUUUAUUAAAAACAGAAGGUUGUAAAAUAGAACGCAAAAGCGACUAUGUCUACUAAAUUAUUCAGUUUUAAGCGGUGUAACCCGAAAGACAAAUUGUUUUAGUGUAAUGGUUAAAGAAUAUGCGAAAUAAAAUACAUUGUAAGUUAAAACAUGUUUGCAGUGAAAUUUGCAAAUAAAAAGG